GAAACCGGGCCGCCUUCCCACUUCCUGUCAUCACCUGCCAUUUUCGUGUCUCUUUUGCAUUAUUGCUUCCACGGAAAAGAAGGAUUCGUGAGGGAAACGAUGAAGAAGAAGAAUGAGUCCGAGUCUUCGUCAAAUAAACCCGAUCGGAAAACUAUCGAGAGGAACCGAAGAAUUAACAUGAAGAAUUUGUGCUUCAAGCUUGUUUCUCUCGUCCCUCACCAACACUCGAAUCCCAGCUCUAAGGAUUUUAUAAUUUCACAACAUGAACAACUAGACCUUGCUGCCAACUACAUAAAGCAUUUGACAGAAAGAGUAGCGAAGCUAAAGACGAUCAAAGAACAAGUAACGAAGUCAACGGGGGCUGGAACGAGCUCGAAUACAACGGAGAGAGCUCCGGUCGGCUUGAGUUUGCCGGUGGUGGAAUUAAGAGACUCGGGUUCUAGUAUUGAAGUGAUUGUGAUAAGUGGGUUGAAGAAGAACUUCACGUUACAUGAAGUGAUUACUAUUCUUGAGGAAGAAGGAGCUGAAGUUGUAAAUGCCAGUUUUUCCACCGUUGGUGACAAGGUUUUCCACUCUGUUCAUGCUCAGGUUAAAAUUUCUAGAGUUGGUGUAGAGACUUCUAGGGUCUGUCAAAGAUUGCAAGAACUCACAAGCAGAUUUUGAAGAAUUUUAUGCAAGUCUCAAUUUUCCCUUUUCUCUAUUAUUAAUUAGUAUUCAAAAAAUAACGUGUAGUUUAGAUUGUAUCAAGUUAUACAAUUAAAAUAGUUAGAUGGAGUCAAAUCUUUUGAUGUUAGAGAUCUUUUUCCUUGUCAACGAUUUAUAUCUUACAAUUCAGAUUGUAAAAUAUGAUUCUCUUUAAUAUACGUGCAAUAAAAAUAGUUUUUCACA